AUGUUGACGAAGAUUGUUAGUGGCGUGGGGAAGUUUCUGAAAGUGGAUAUGGCUACAUUGAAUAGGGAGAAACUACAAUUUGCGCGGGUAUUGGUAGAAGUGGAAUUUGGGCAGGAAUUUCCAGAUGAGAUUGAAUUUGAAAAUGAAAAGGGGUUGACCAUUUAUGUGGAGGUGAAGUAUGAUUGGAAACCAACCUUCUGUAAAGGUUGUAAAGUAUUUGGUCAUGAGGAAUCAAGUUGCAGGAGGAAGAAAACCUCGGUGUGGGUUGCUAAACCUGGGGUAAGUAACGUUCCAGUGGCAGUGGUACCAGUUACAAAUGUGGUGAGGCAUAGUGAUCAAGUUGAUGGUGAAGGCUUCCAGGAUGUUAGAAGAACUAUCAGAAAUCCAAAUAGUCCUGCACCUGCUACAGUGAUUAGAAAUUCGUUUGAGGCCUUGGAGCUAUUGAAUGAAGAUAUGGAGGUGGGGGUGAGUAGCUGGGACAUUGAACCUAUCAGAUCAUGUCUUGAUGAAUGUGGUUUAUAUGAUAUGAAAUGCUCUGGUAAUAGGUUCACAUGGAACAAUAAACAGGAAGGCAAUGAUAGGGUUUUUGCAAAGCUGGAUAGAGUUUUGAUUAAUGAUCAUUGGGAGGAGGUAUAUCAGAAUGUAUGGACUGCCUUCCUUAAUGAAGGGGAAUUUGAUCACUCCCCAGCAAUUGUAGCAGGGAAUGAGAGUCAUGGGCAAUGCAAGAAGCCCUUUAAGUACUUCACAAUGUGGAAGCAAUCACCUCAAUUUGAGGAGCUGGUGAAGAAAUGUUGGCAGGAGAGGGUGAUGGGAGAUAGGAUGUAUGUUGUUACUCAGAAGCUUAAGAGUGUGAAGAAUGAGCUGAAGAGGCUUAACAAGUCUGGUUUUCUGGAGAUACAGGCUGAUGUUAUUAAGGCAGCUGCUGACUUGGAAGAUAUCCAAAGGAGAAUGCAUGAAGAUCCGAGUAAUAUUCAGCUUGCUGAUGAAGAGAUUUUGAUGGGGAAGAAAUACAAAAGGAAGAAAUCAGCUUAUAUGUCCUUCUUACAACAGAAGGCUAAAGUUGGGUGGCUUAAAGAUGGUGAUGAUAAUUCAGCAAUUUUUCACCAAAGCAUCAGACAGAGAAGAGUAAUUAACUCUAAUAUGGCAUAUAUAAUAUGUCUGAUUACCCCAGUGAACUGGGAGGUGGUUAGAGCUGGCAACAUUCUCACUCAGGAGCAUAAAGAGUUACUGUUGAGACCAUACACUGCUGAGGAAGUGAAGAAUGUCAUAUUUGCCAUGGAUGGAAAUAAAGCUCCUGGUCCUGAUGGAUUUGGGAGUUUUUAUUUCAAAGACACUUGGCACAUUGUGGGUGAGGACAUUACAACUGUUGUUCUGGACUUCUUCCAACAUGGUAAAAUGUUGAAAUCUCUAAACACAACUCUUAUUACUCUCACUCCUAAAACCUCUUGUCCUAAGAAUGGGGCAUUUGUGCAUAGUAGGAACAUUAUCCACAAUAUUAUGAUUGUGCAAGACCUUGUUAGGCAUUAUAAUAGGAAGUCUACUAAGCCUGGCUGCAUCAUUAAGUUAGAUAUGCAAAAAGCAUAUGAUACUAUUAACUGGAGUUUUUUGAAGGAGAUGCUUCUUGCUUUAGACUUCCACAAGUUUUGUGGAUUUAGUCAUGGAAUGUGUCUGCACACCAAAAUUUUCCCUGAUGAUAAAUGGGGAAAUGCAUGGUUUUUUCUCAUCAAAGAGAGGUUUGAGACAAGAUGUAAGGCAACAAAGCUCACACAUCUUAGCUUUGCUGAUGAUCUUAUUCUGUGCUCAAAGGGUGAUUUUGCAUCAGUAUACUUAAUGUUGAGAGCCUUCAGAUUAUUCUCUGAUUCCUCUGGUCUAAAGAUCAAUACUAAGAAGUCAUCCUUCUACUGUUGUGGGAUUCAGGAAGGUGAAAUUAUGAGAAUUCAGAAUGUGUCUGGUAUUACUAGAGAAAUACUCCCCUUUAAAUAUUUGGGGGUCCCUAUUUGUUCUAAAAGAAUUUCAGCUGCUCAAUGUGAGAAUUUGGUGGAUAAAAUGACAGCUAAAAUUCGGAUCUGGAGUACAAGGCAUAUUUCUUGUUCUGGGAGAGUGCAACUUGUUAACUCAGUGUUAAUGAGUAUUCAUGGCUAUUGGGGUCAUGUAUUUGUCCUGCCUAGUAGUGUCAUAAAAAAGAUUGAAGCAGUGUGCAGGGCAUUCCUAUGGGCAGGUGCUUACUACUCAGCUAGGGGAGGAUAUGUUGCUUGGCAGGAGGUGUGUAAUAGCAAGAGUAAAGGAGGUUUGGGGUUUAGAAACAUCAGCAACUGGAACAAAGCUUGUUUAGGCAAGCAUGUGUGGGCUGUGGCUACCAAGAAAGAUACAUUAUGGGUGAGAUGGGUGCACUCAGUCUACAUAAAGGAUGUUGACUGGUGGGAGUACAAUACUCCUACUGGUAGUAGUUGGUAUUGGAGACGCAUAUGUGAGGUUAAAAAUCUCAUGAAGAAUUAUUAUAGUAGACAGGAGGUUCAGCAGAUGAAUAAGUUUAGGAUUCAAGAUAUGGUGGAAAAAUUAGCUGAGGAAAGACAACAUGUUUCCUGGGAUCAAUAUGUCUGGAAUAGACUCAGUGUGAAUAGGUUUAAGUUCAUUAAUUGGUUGGCUAUGAGAAGGAGAUUACAUACAGCAGAUAAGGUCCAGAUUUAUGAUCCAAAUGCUCCUACUGAUUGCUGGAUAUGCUGUGAUGCCACUGAAACACAAGAACAUCUGAUGUUUUCAUGCUAUUAUAGCAGAGAGUUGCUAAGAAAAAUCAGGAACUGGAUCAAUAUGGAUUCCACAUGUGAAGACCUGAAUAGACUGUGGUCCAUGGUUGAUGAUAAACUUACUACAUGUAUUCAAAGUUUAAAUAAAAUAGAAGAAGAAGAAGAAGGUGAGGAAGCUAUGGGUUACAUUGCUAUGAUCAUCUCUUUUCGUAAUACUAUUGAACUUGCUACAAAAGAAGCAAAGUGUAUCGUUGAGUAUUUGGAAUCUCUUAUUGAGAAGUGA